CGCGACCCAACCGGAUAUUCAAGUGUUUCGAAAAGAAAGUGGAACAGACGGAAUUAUAAUGAACACUCGAGGACUUCGCUCUCAGCUGAAAGACAGCGUCCCUGUGGCCGGCUUGUGUCCGCAGGGAGCGUACGGCGUGCAGGACUCUCUGCGCAGCGGCUUUACCAGCAUAAAGAAUGAACUUCUUCCAAGCCACCCACUGGAGCUGUCAGAGAAAAAUUUCCAGCCAAACCAGGACAAGAUGAAUUUCUCUACACUCAGAAGCAUCCAGGGUCUUCAUGCUCCGCUCAAACUGCAGAUGGAGUACAGGGCAGCUAGACAGAUCCAGCGUCUGCCGUUCUUGCAGAGUUCAAACCUGGCUCUGGAUACAUUGAGAGGCAAUGACGAGUCCAUCGGCUUUGAGGACAUCCUCAACGAUCCAUUCCAGAGUGAAAUGAUGGGCGAGCCACACAUCAUGGUGGAAUACCAACUGGGACUGUUGUGAAAGAAGAUGGACACGCAUAAUACACAGCUACACAUGUAGAUUUAGGUUUAUUAUUUGUUUGGGGGAAACUGGGCUCUUGAUUCAGUGCUGUUCUUGUAUGAUUCCGAUCCAGUUGGUAUUUCUAAUAAACUUCAUAACCUUCCUCUA